UGGAACAGCUGGCUUCUCGACGGAGUAAUGUCUCAUUUUGCCAAAUAGCUAAGCUUAUAAACAUCAUAGCUUCAUGGAGGGUAGAAAAAUUAUUUAGUUGGGUACAUUAUUCUUAAGAUUUUAUGUGUGGUAUUCUUUCUCCGUAGGGAGUUUGCUGAGUCUAAUGCUUCAAGAUCCAGAUGUGGAGUAAAGCUUAUCUAAGAAGUUCAAGUCCUAGGACAGGUUGAUAUGCAUAAUUUUCAUAAUAUGUACAUUAAUCUGAUAAGAUUUUUCUUGAAAUUAAUUUCCUGAAAUGUCAGACCUGGCCAAGUGGGAGUUAGAGAGCCCUAUAAGUAACUGUGGUUCGCCUCUGUGUGAAGGGAACCUAGCUUUCGAUUCUUCUUCUAGUCGUUUAGAAAUGGAGAGAAAGACGAAUGCGGGUCGCAAGAAGAUCGAGAUGAAGUUGAUUUCAGCAUCAGACGCUCGGCAAGUCACUUUCUCUAAGCGUCGAUCCGGGCUUUUCAAGAAGGCGAGUGAGCUUGCCACCUUGUGUGAUUCUGAAACUGCAGUCAUUGCCUUCUCCCCAGGUGGCAAGGCUUUCUCAUUUGGCCACCCCUCGGUCGAGGCGGUAAUAAACAGGUAUGACGGCCAAAGCCAGGCACUGGAUGCUGGUGAUCAGAGUGUUCAAACUGACAAUCUGCGUGAGCUCAUCCAACGAUACAAUGCUCUGCUUGAUCAACUGGAAGUCGAAAAAAAACGUGGGGAGGCCAUCAAGCGUAUGGGGAUGGAGAUGAAGGCAAAGACCUGGUUGCUUACACCGGUAGAGAACCUUAACCCCACUCAACUGCAGAUUUUAAAGGUUCUGAUGGAGGAUCUUAAAAAGAGAGUAUACCAGCAACGUGAGGAGCUCUCGAAGAAGGCUCGUACCCCAAGACCACUCCUGGAUCUAAACACAGUUGAACCUGAUGAUCCCUCUGCUUCUAACCCAACCAAGAAUAACUCCAUGGAGGGAGGAGGAGGUUCUGAGUGAAUUUUUUGGAAGAUUUUCACAUAGUUGUCCGCAGCCAUAUGUGAUCAGUUCUAUAUAUGUGAUAUGUUUGGAAAUAAAGGGCAUUAAGCUGAAAAUCCCAAUCUUGUUUUGUUUGAAUUGUUUCAAUGAUGAUGGUGAAUAAAAUGACUUUCCUCAUCCUUUGUUA